UCUGGCGUGAAUGAAGGAUUAUCGUUGGAAGGAACUCAACCGUCUCCAGCAAAAUGUUUAUUUAUGAGAGAAACUGGAGAAUGCAAGAGGAAAGCUGGAUAAAACCUGUCUAUUGAGGAUUUGUCACAGGGCGGGUGAAACCGCACUCAAUUCCAGACCAAGAUGUCCCGUGGCAUGUGCUUCUAUCUUUGGCUGCUUCUUCUGCUCUUUUCCAUAUUACAAGUGUCAUGUGAAGUCAGCGCUCCAUCGCACCUGCAGGCCGUUGCCGGGCAACCCUUCAUGCUGGGCUGCAACAUCACGAUAGGCAGCGGCCAAUCCCUGUCGCAGGUGCGCUGGCUAGAUGGGCGCGACCGCACCAUCCUCUCCUACCUCGCCGACGAGCCACACAAGGUCACCCAGACUACCGGUAACCGCGUGGAGCUGGCCGCCUCGCACAGUCACGACAGUGCCAUCCGGAUCAAGAAAGCCACAUCGCGAGACGCUGGGUGCUACCGCUGCGUUUUUGAUGUUUACCCCACGGGGCAGCAGGAGGGGAGGACCUGCCUCUCUGUCCAGGCGAGGGUGGAGUUAGAGGGUAACAAGACGGUGGUGAGUGGCAAAGCAGCCACCCUGACGUGCCGCUAUCCCCUGGCAGAGCAGGUGGAGCAGGUGCUCUGGAAGAAGACGGCGGAGCAGGGGGACACCUCCACCGUGGCCUCCUACGUUCGGCGUGGCGCCCCACGUGUGGAGGAGCCCUUCCGUGGGCACGUCAACCUAAGCAGGUCCCUGAACCAAACAGAGCUCAGGCUGAGUCCGGUCAGCACAGAGGACGAGGGCUGCUACACCUGUGAGUUCCACACCUACCCGGAGGGCACCAGGAGUGCCAUGGCCUGCCUCAUUGUAUACGUUCUCCCCAAGCCUGAGAUCACCCACGUCACAGUGUCCCCCGGUGUGGUGGAGGUGAACUGCUCGGCGGUGUCGCGUCCGGCCUCGCGGCUCUCCUGGAACGUGGAGGGGGACAACCGCACCGUGGGCCCCCCCGUGUCCUCCUACUACGAGCAGGGCGACGGCACCACACUCGUGGUCAGCUCCGUGCUGGUGCAGCAGCGCCUGAUGGACGACAGGACCAUCGUGUGCCGAGCUCACCACCAAGGCCUGCAGGCUGCCGCGUCGGCCUCUGUGAACAGAGCCAGGCGCUCCCACAUCAUUGUCCUCAUCAUGAUGUUUAUCGUGGCAGCGCUGCUGUUGUGUCUGUGUAUGUGUGUGACCAAACGUUCCCCAUGCUGA